UGUCGAUCUUAACUAAACAUUUAAACCUAGCUAGCUUGAUUCCUGCUUAUUCUUCUAUAUAAAUGCUGGAGUUUGGCCCUUAACUAAUAAGAGUAAUCUUCCAAAUCAAGCACGUAGUCCAAAUCAAAUAUGAGCUCGAUGGAGAAUCAGAAGAGGAGGAUCAGUAUCAUCCUUGUUCUUUUGUCAUGGAUUUUCAUGGUGGCCGCCAUGGCAGCUGAAAACACAUCAACAAUCCCAGUGAACGUGGGAGUUGUUGUAGACCUUGAUGAAGUGAGUGGGAAGAUGUAUUUGAGUUGCAUAGAAAUGGCGCUCUCAGACUUCUAUGCUUCCCAUGCUCAAUACAAGACUAGGGUCGUUUUGAACACCAGUAACUCCCACGAAGAUGUCGUUGGUGCAGCUGAUGCAGCUUUGGAUCUGAUAACGAAUGUAGAAGUGAAAGCAAUCCUAGGACCAAUGACAUCAAUGCAAGCAACUUUUGUUGUUAAACUUGGAGAAAAAGCUCAUGUGCCAAUCAUAUCAUUUUCUGCAACAAGCCCUUCUCUUACUUCACUUCAGAGCUCCUAUUUUUUCCAAUUUGCACAAAAUGACUCAACCCAAGUGAAAGCCAUAAGUGGUAUUGUUCAAAACUUUGGAUGGAGGCGAGUUGUCCCCAUUUACGUAGACAAUAUGUACGGGGAAGGAAUCAUGCCCUUUCUAAUUGAUGCCUUGCUCGAGGUUGAUGCUCAUGUCCCAUAUCGAAGUGUAAUUUCACAAUCAGCCACCGAUGAUCUAAUUGAGAUAGAACUUUACAAGUUAAUGACAAUGCAGACUAGAGUCUUCAUAGUGCAUAUGAUGCCUAAACUUGCAUCCCAGUUAUUUGCCAAGGCGAAAGAGAUUGGAAUGAUGAACAAGGGUUUUGUAUGGAUCACUACCAAUGGGAUUGGAGAUCGUUUAAAGGCAAUGGGAUCUGUUAUGAAUUCGAUGCAAGGAGUAUUAAGUGUUGAAACUGCUGUUUUAGACACAUUGAAGCUCAGAGAAUUCAAAACAAGGUGGAAAAGACAAUUCCAACAAGAUUAUCCAGAAAUCAUUGAUGUUGAGCUUGAUGCCUUUGGAUAUCGGGCUUAUGAUGCAGCUUUUGCAAUAGCCAUGGCAGUUGAAAAAGUUGGGAAUGCAGGCUUUGGAUUUCAAAAGGGAAAUGCUUCAUCUUUCAAAUCUACAGAUCUUGGAACUCUAAAGGUCUCUCAAUAUGGCUCAAACCUUUCUAAUGCCUUAUCUCUUACCAGUUUCAGAGGCAUAGUUGGUGAUUUUAGUCUUGUUGAUAGGCAACUUCAACUGUCAACUUUUAUGAUUGUUAAUGUGAAUGGUAAUGGAGUAAGAGCAGUUGGUUAUUGGACACCGGAAAAUGGAAGGUUAAUGAAGCAGUUGAAUUCAACAAACAGUUGUAAUGUUUCAGGUUUCAAGUGUGAUGCUCUUGGACCCAUUAUAUGGCCGGGAGAGUCAUCCUCCGUUCCCAAAGGAUGGGAGAUCCCAGAAAAUGGUACGAGGUUAAGAUUUGGAGUUCCAGUGAAGGAUGGUUUUACAGAGUUUGUUAAAGUAACAACAGAUUUGGGAACUAAUACCACUGAUGUCACCGGGUUCAGUAUUGAUGUGUUUAAAGCUGUAGUGGAACUGUUACCAUAUGCACUUCCUUAUGAGUUGAUUCCCUAUGCAUAUCCUAAUGGCACCAGCGCUGGCACAUAUAAUGAUUUAAUCUAUCAAGUAUACCUUGGGAAUUUUGACGGUGUGGUUGGAGAUGCAACAAUUAGAGCAAACAGAACAUUGUAUGUGGAUUUUGCAAUGCCAUAUACGGAGUCUGGUGUAGUGAUGGUUGUGCCAAUCAUAGACAGCAGAACCAAAAAUGCAUGGGUUUUUUUGCAGCCUUUAACAUGGAACCUUUGGAUGACUACUUUGUGUUUUUUCAUCUUUAUUGGUUUUGUGAUUUGGGUGCUUGAACACCGAAUAAAUGAAGAUUUCCGUGGUCCUCCUUCACAUCAAGUUGGCACAAGCUUUUGGUUCUCCUUUUCAACUAUGGUUUUUUCACAUAGGGAGAGAGUGGUUAGCAACCUGGGAAGAUUUGUGAUGAUUAUAUGGGUAUUUGUUGUGCUGAUAGUGACACAGAGCUACACUGCUAAUCUAGCAUCACUAUUAACUGUCCCAAAGCUCCGACCAGCUGUUAACGAUAUAAAUGAUCUUCUAAGGAAUGGUGAUAAUGUGGGCUACAUGAGGGGUGCUUAUGUUUAUGGUCUCUUAAAAGAAGUAAAGUUUGAUGAUUCCAAGCUCAAGGCUUAUGGAUCUAUGGAAGAAAUAGAUGACGCUCUUUCAAAAGGGAGUGCAAAUGGUGGUAUUGCUGCAAUUGUUCAUGAAACCCCCUACAUGAAGCUACUCGUUGCAAAGUAUUGUUCCAAGUAUACUAUGAUUGGACCAAUAUUUAAAACCGAUGGCUUUGGCUUCGCAUUUCCAAAAAAUUCCCCUCUUGUAUCUGACAUUACACAAGCAAUCCUAAAUUUGACGGAUGAUGGAUUGAUGACCAAGAUUGAAGAUAAAUGGAUCAAGAAAGAUAGUAACUGUAAAGACUCUGAUGGGAAUUUUUCUAGCAGUGCUCUUGGUCUUGACAGCUUUUGGGGCCUUUUUUUAAUUGCAGGGAUAGCAUCAAUAUUUGCUCUAAUCAUAUUUGUAACUUCCUUCUUGUACGAGCAUAAGCAUGUCUUGAUGCCCCCUGAUUCAGGCACCUCUAAGUUGAAAAGGAUUAGAACCAUGUUCGAGAUCUUCAAUGAAAAAAAACUUAGCUCUCAUACAUUUAGAAGCAGUCGACAUUCAGACAGUGGUGUUGGUGCUCAAGAUCAUGAAGUGAAAGCCUUAUCACCAAAUAACAACUGGCCAGAAAGUCCACAAAGCUAUACCAACCACACAGAUGCGACUUCUGUAUUUUCUGAUCGGGAGCAAGAAACACCAUCUCAUGGUCAAGCAUCUCCGGAAACCUUUCCAACUAUUGAGCUUGCCAUCACUAUUCAAGAAACCCAUGAAACUCCCGAAACAACUCGAUCAAGAGCAUAAAGGAAAUGGAAAACAAAGUUGAUACAACUUAUCGAUCAUCAUGUAUAUAAGUAUUCAACAAUAAAUAAUUAGCUUUUAAUAUGAAGCUUGUAUAUCCUUUCGAUCA